AUGGCUGCACCGGUAUCGCCCGCUUCCACAGAGUGGAAUCUGCCAAAUGUCCAGAAUGUUACCGUAGCCCUGAUGAGUUGCAAUCACAAGGGCAUGGCCAUCUCUGCCAAAAGUGAGUGCCAACCUCUGCCGUGGCACCGCGCCCAUGGCGACCUCGUGCCGCUCUGGUACUUACUUAUCAAAUUCGAAGCUUGGCUGCCCAAGAACCGGACAGGUCGCUCUCUGAGCACUGGAAACGGCGCCCUCGGUAGCUGCGUACAGUAUGAGGAUCUCGGCUACGCAUCCUCCCUUGGUUUUGCUGCUGUGGCCACCGACAACAGUCAUGAAGGUCAGAGCGGACUCUCAUUCCUGAGCAACCCGGAUGUUAUAGGGGACUUCACGAACCGCGCCUUAACGACCGGUGCUGUCGUCGGCAAGGACUUUACGAAGUUCCUCUGCAACAGACCUCAUACCAAGAGCUACUAUCUCGGCUGUUCUGCCGGCGGACGUCAGGGCCUCAAGAGAGCGCAGGCUUGUCCUGGCAAAUUUGACGGCAUUGGCACCGUUACCUUUAUUCCCAUGACCAUGUGGCCGACCAUCCACGACGAUAUCCUAGACCAGUGUGGCGAGCUGGACGGUGUCAACGACGGCUUCCUCAAAUCCCCCGAUCUCUAUGACUACAAGCCCGAAAGCAUCUUCAGCGGCGUCGACAGCAACCAAAAGGACGGCUGCCUCACCGAGAAGCAGGUCGAAGCCCUCUGCGGCAUCGCCCCUGAUCGACGCCCCUAG